AAAAGUGUCUGAACCUGUGCGGUGGGACACUGUUGGGUUGGCUGUUGAUUGUUUCAUCGAUUUGAUCCAGUUUGGGAUUUUAAUCAUGUCUCUGGAAGUCGAAUCGGCGGACGUCAUACGUCUGAUCAUGCAGUACCUGAAGGAAAACAAUUUGCACCGGACACUGGUUACCCUACAAGAGGAGACGACCGUCUCCUUAAACACUGUGGACAGUAUUGAGAGUUUUGUAGCCGAUAUUAACAGUGGGCACUGGGACACAGUCUUGCAGGCUAUACAGUCUCUCAAGCUGCCUGACAAGACUCUCAUUGAUCUUUAUGAGCAGGUGGUGUUGGAGCUGAUUGAGCUGCGUGAGCUGGGAGCUGCCAGGUCUCUGUUAAGGCAGACAGACCCCAUGAUCAUGUUGAAGCAAACCCAGCCAGAGAGAUAUAUUCACCUGGAGAACCUCCUGGCCAGGUCCUACUUUGAUCCCAGAGAGGCCUACCCAGAUGGCAGCAGUAAAGAGAAACGGAGAGUAGCAAUCGCUCAGGCUCUGGCAGGAGAAGUCAGUGUGGUUCCCCCUUCACGUCUUAUGGCCCUACUUGGGCAGUCUCUGAAGUGGCAGCAGCACCAGGGGCUCCUUCCACCAGGCAUGACCAUUGAUUUGUUCAGGGGUAAAGCAGCUGUAAAGGAUGUGGAGGAGGAGAAGUUCCCCACACAGCUCAACAGGCACAUCAAGUUUGGCCAGAAGUCCCAUGUUGAGUGUGCGCGAUUCUCUCCUGAUGGUCAGUAUCUGGUCACUGGCUCUGUAGAUGGAUUUAUUGAGGUGUGGAACUUCACCACUGGAAAAAUCAGAAAGGAUUUGAAGUACCAGGCUCAAGACAACUUCAUGAUGAUGGACGAUGCAGUGCUGUGCAUGUGCUUCAGUCGGGACACUGAAAUGCUGGCAAGUGGUGCACAGGACGGAAGGAUUAAGGUGUGGAAGAUUCAGAGUGGCCAGUGCCUGAGACGUUUUGAGCGUGCUCACAGCAAAGGAGUCACCUGUCUCAGCUUCUGCAAAGACAGUAGUCAGCUUCUCAGUGCUUCUUUUGACCAGACUAUCAGAGUUCAUGGACUCAAGUCUGGCAAAACCCUGAAGGAAUUCCGCGGUCAUUCCUCCUUUGUAAACGAAGCCACUUUUACGCAGGAUGGACAUUACAUAAUCAGUGCAUCUUCUGAUGGCACAGUCAAGAUUUGGAACAUGAAGACAACAGAGUGCUCUAAUACUUUCAAGUCCUUGGGUACUACAGCCGGAACUGACAUUACUGUAAACAACGUCAUCCUGCUGCCCAAGAACCCAGAGCACUUUGUAGUGUGUAACAGGUCCAACACAGUGGUUAUCAUGAACAUGCAGGGACAGAUUGUGAGAAGCUUCAGCUCCGGUAAAAGGGAAGGUGGUGACUUUGUGUGCUGCACACUGUCUCCCCGUGGCGAAUGGAUAUACUGCGUUGGAGAGGACUUUGUGCUGUACUGCUUCAGUACAGUCACUGGCAAACUGGAGAGGACCUUGACAAUCCAUGAGAAGGAUGUCAUUGGAAUUGCACACCACCCACAUCAGAAUCUGAUCGCCACGUACAGUGAAGAUGGUCUCCUCAAACUAUGGAAACCGUAGCUGUUUCCCCUGGGUUGGAUUCAAUGGACAUGGAGGAGGGGCUGCAUCUGUUGGACUUGUUUUGCUUUCAUACCAUGAUUUUUAUGUUUUGAUAAGAAUUUUGGUUGCAUUUUAUACAACUUCUAUAAAUGUGUUUCUUAUCCAGAUUAUUCUUUUUUUGUUGUUGUUUUCCCCUUUCUAAAUUUUAUUUUCUGUAGUGUUGCUUCCAGUUUUAAAAUACAGUUAAUGUACCUAUUUUCCUGAAUUAGGAUCAACAUGAAGACUGUAAAAUUGAAAUGCAUGUUUGGAUAUUCUGGUAGAAUUAAAUCCCCUUCAAAACUG